GUCUCCCUCCUAGUUGCACUUUCACUCCCAUCUCCAGCAGAGAGCUCACAAAUCAAUACUAUGCUAGUAGCUCCCUAUUCAUGGUACUAACAUGCGUGUAUUUACCUUUAAUGUUGCCCUGUGGGUUUACUCUGACAUGUUGAGGCACUAGGAAUUAUGCAUGCACUGGUUUAUUUUUAGAACAAGUGAAGAAUUGAAUGAAAAGGUUGACUAAAGAUGUACUGAUGCCACAGAAUAAUGCCAACAAUUACUUGCUCAUUGCAAACUGCGAAUCACGCCACGAUAUUGAAAUAAUGCAGACUAUAAUCGAAACUGACACCCUUUUGCAGAAUUGAUGUCUGCAGCUCCAAUUACGCAGAGCAGCAGGGGGAGCUGAACUCCACCAAGUUGCAGCCUCAUUGGCUGGAAAGGAUGUGGGCGGAUUUGCGCUGACGUUGCCCAUACUCGGGAUUAACUUGUUUUCAUGUCGCCAUAUCUAUCACAAUUUGUACUGCAGAGCCUGUUCACAUGCGGAUUGUUGACAUAGAGGAUUUCUUAUCUCCUUCGAGCCUUAAAGAAGUUUCUCUGUGUGUAUGUGUGUGUGGUGCAUAUGAGGGUGGAUAUGGUACCGCAGAGGCGCACAGUGCAAUGUGAGCGCAUGGAUGAGGAGCACGCAUCGCACUGAGGUAGCAGUGCUGAUGUCCUGUCACACAUAUGGGGGCCGACGGCAGUAAACACAGGAAGAGGCCUGGUGAAGGGCAGGAGGAUGAGCACUUCUCAUCUGGGUGGCGUAGCUUCCUCUCCAGCAUGGGCCUGUCAAUCCCAGCAGGCCUCUGUCGCCUUUCCUCAUCCGCUCUGCGUCUGGGGCAGCGUCGAAUGCUCCAAGGCAAGCCACCCGAGAUCCCAGAGCAUGUCCUGAGGUUGGCGGGAGUUGGCCCACACAAGCUGAGAGCGGAGUGGAGCCUGCCGGGGUUCAUUACCAUGUUCCUGCCCGAAUUCCCCCACAGAACUGUGCCUGGACAAGAGCACUUUCAGGUGCUGGGUUACAUCGCCAAAGGUUCGUUUGGACCCAUUCUGAAAGUGAAGGACAAGGCCAAACAGAAAACAUAUGCUGUAAAAGUUAUACCUAAAUCGGAGAUUCUGAGACUCGGGGUCUUAGAGCAGUCAAAAGAAGAAGUUAUUGUCCAGCGUCAGGUUCGCCACCCAUUUGUCCAUGACCUCCAGGACUGCUGGCAAACGCAGCGCCACCUCUACAUUAUGUGUGAGUACUGCAGCACAGGAGACCUGUACACUUACUGGCAGAUGAUUGGUCAGUUUACGGAAGACGCUGUGCGAGUGUUCGCAGCAGAGUUGGGAUGUGCGCUCGGAUUUCUUCACGACUUUGGAAUCAUCCACAGAGAUGUAAAGAUGGAGAAUAUCCUGCUGACAGACAAUGGACACCUCCGCUUAGCUGACUUUGGUUUGUCCCGUCGCCUGGAGCGAGGAGGAAGAGCCUUUACCAUUUGUGGGACCAUACAAUAUAUGGCCCCAGAGGUGCUGAGCGGCGGACCCUACAACCAUGCAGCUGAUUGGUGGUCGCUGGGAAUUCUGCUUUUCUCAUUGGUUACUGGGAAGUUCCCCGUGCCUCCAGAAGCAGACCACUGCAGUAUGCUGAGGAAAGUGAGGAGUUUUCCCUAUGAAAUGCCCCUCAGCUUCAGCCCCCCGCUGGCCUUGCUAAUCACUGAGUUGCUGUGCAAGACUCCCAUCCGCCGAUUGAAAACCCUUGAUCGAUUCAAGCGCCAAACCUUCUUCCAUGGAACAACUUUUGACCUCGCCUUGCUGCAGCGCCAGCCUGUGGAGGUGAUUCUGGAGCUGAGAGAGAGACCCGAUCGCGCCGCCAAAGCUCGACGAGGCCUCACUUUGUCUCUGCAGCCUCUCAGAGGCUUCGACUACGACUCGCUGCUCAGCCCUCCUGCCACACCGGACACGCAGCUGGAUGGCGACACGCAAACUCACACAGCUAUGCCAUUUCCCGGCCCAGCACUCCCACUGCAGCCUGCUCAGGAAAAAGGUCCACGCAGAGAAUUGUUUGUGUGACAGACUUUGAGUUUACAGUAUGGUCACUAGCACACUAAAGGUGUAUUUCUGCACACUUAUUCACCCUAACACACAGGUGUGGUGCGCCUUCUAAAAUGUCUUAUUUAGUAAAAGCCAAAAUAGCUUAUAAUUGAACUGGAUCUUUAGUUUAGAAGGGAAUGAUUCAUUUGAGUAGAAAACACUAUUUCUCCACUUGUAUUAGCAAGUUUGAUGCUUUUCUUUGUGAUUUAACAAGCACUGUUUCCUUCUUUUACUUGUUCUGCCUUCCAAUGAGCACCUUUUCAAGCCUGCUGUAUUUGCUCAACAGUUGUGCAAGAAAGAUUGCGCUAUAGUAUUAUCUACUUCCAAUGUUCCAGUGAAUGGUCAUGGUUGCCCUGUUAAUACAUAAUGUACGACUAUCGGCUAUCAAAUUCACCCCACGUAGAAAAGUCAUGCUAGUUGAAGACAAUGCACCGUAUUUUGUUUUUUUAUCCAGGAAACUAUUUGUAUUUAGGUAGAAAUCCAACCAAAACCCUCCAACAAAGUGAGUGAAUUUCUGAGCUUCUGCGUUUGUACUCAUAUUGCAUGAUUAUGAAACAGAAGUAGAAGUAGAUGGAAGAAACUCCCUUCCUCAUUUCCUGAGUGAUUACACUGUGAUUUUUACUUUAAAACCUGUUUAUUAAUGCUGUGUGUACAAAUUUUUCCCAAACUUGGACAUUUUUACUGCCUAAAUUCUGUAGCAGCAUACAAGUCUCUCCUUCUAUACUCUAUAAAAAUCAUGUAAGCAUCAUAACAUCAGCUUAAGAUGUGUACGCCUUCAACUUCUACUUUUUAUCGUUUAUAAAAAUGCGACUCAGGGGAGCACUCGCUGGAUUUGCCCAAGUCGGCCUUGAUUUUGACUCCAAGAUGGCAUCCAGCUGGACAGAUCAGAGCAGGGAUUGUAACGGCCGUACUGUUUACCUCCAGUGAACAUUUUGAUAGAUAUAAGGCUUUUUCUAUUGUCCCAGGCUACCGUAACCCCUCGCCAGUAAUCACACCUUCAUGCACUUACCUGAUCAUCAGAUUAUAGUAUGAUUUUGUGAAGUAUUGCCCUGAUAUGUACCCAGAAUGCCUCACAUGAGUGAUCCUGAGCUUGCUUUUUUGGUCACAAAAAAUCUUAUUUAUAAAGUCCUCUUUAUAAAAUUUAUAUGAAUAUUUUGGAUGCUAUUUGAUGUUAUGUGUUACAGUACUAUGUAUUUUUGU